AUGACGUGUACGACGACCUCGACCAAGCACUUCAGGAGCAGGAGAAGAAACAUCACCCUCCCUUUCUGUAAUAGCAUCUCCCUCCCUGUCUGUGGUGAAGGAACAGCAGAAGAUGGAGAUGUAGGCAAAACCAGUGAUGUAUCUAACGAGACUGGAGCAUCAGUGGAGUCAGGUAAGUCGGGCCAUUCAAGGAGAGGAUGA